AUGUCGAAGGCUAUCGACAGUCCAGCGCUAUCCCAGUCACCCACGCUCGAAGGCGCGGACGACGAGCGCAAGUCUGCCCUCGCGACCUUGCCGUCUUCCGAUGCCCCGGCGAGCCAGGCGAACAAGCCUCCAGCAGGUCCUCCAGGUCCCAUGCAGCAGGAUCCGUCGCUUAUCCUCCAAGGAAAGAAGCUCGCGGUCGUCUUCACGGCGAUGCUGCUUGCUCUGUUCCUGAUAGCGGUAGACCAGUCAAUCCUUGCGACGGCGCUUCCUCGCAUCGCUUCCGACUUCAACGCCUUUGACAAGCAGGGCUGGUGCUCUUCCGCAUUCGUCCUCACGCAAACCGCCUUCAUCCUUUGGUUCGGACAGUUCUUACGCAUCUACUCGGCGAAAUGGACGCUCGUCGGCUGCAUUCUCCUCUUCGAAGUCGGUUCUAUCAUUUGCGGAGCAGCGCCCAACGUGAUGGCGAUCAUCUGGGGCCGCGCCAUCUCCGGCGUUGGCGCUGCCGGCAUGUUCGUCUCGAUGCUGCAGAUCCUCGCCCAGGUCACCCGUUUGGAAGACCGACCUAAACUAUUUGGCCUAUUCGGCGGUUGUUUUGGCGCAGCCUCGGUGAUUGGGCCGUUAGGCUGGAGGUGGGUGUUUUGGCUGAAUCUUUGCGUGGGAGCGCCCUCCCUCGUCGGCUGCACCUUCCUCCUCAAGUCGAUGCUCCCCAUUGGAGCCGACCCGACGAAGCGCUCCCCUCGCGACCUUCUCCGCCAAACUUUGCGCAUGGACUGGAUUGGUGCGACGCUCGUACUCGGCGCUGUCACCGCCCUCGUCUACGCCCUGCAAACCGGCGGAAACCAGAAGCCAUGGUCGGACGGCGGCGUUGUUGCGUGCUUCGUCGUCGCCGGCGUACUCUGCGUCGCCAUCUUCUUCUGGAUGCGCUACAAGGGCGACUCCGCCCUCGUCCCGCCCGCCGUCUUCCAGAAGUCGCCCGUCUCGGUCUGCGGCAUCUGCGGUGCCUCGUUCUUCAACCGUUGCUCCCUUCUCAUGAUCAGCUACGCCGUACCCGUCUUCUUCCAAGUCACCCGCCAUCACGACGCGACCAAGUCCGGCGUCGACCUUCUCGCCUACAUGCUGUCCGUCGUCAUCACGGUCAUCCUCGCCGGCCGUGUCGUCUCCGCCACGGGGCGAUAUUGGUACUUCCUCGUCGGCGCGCCCGCCUUCGGGGCCGUCGGUGCUGGCCUUCUGUACACCGUCACUCCCUCGACGAGUACGGCCAAGAUCAUCGGUUACCAGAUCCUCUGCGGCGUCGGCACAGGCGCGACGCUGCAGAACUCGCUCUUCGCGAUGCAGGCCGAGUUCCGCGAUGAGAUGCGGCUCGUCGCCCAGGCUACCGGCGUCGCCAGCUUCUCGCAGUUCCUUGGCGGUACCGUCUCGCUCGCCAUCGAACAAGCGGCGCUCUCGACGCAGCUCGCGAAGAACUUCCCCAUCUACGCCCCUCAGGCUCCGCUCGCCGUCAUCAAGGAGUCACCCCUCGAGAUCUACUCCCUCCCCUCCGACAUUGUCCCUUCCGCCAUUUUCGCCUACGUCAAGUCGCUCAAGAUUGUCUUCGUGAUCCCUGUCGCGUACUACGGUCUCGGAAUCAUCUCGGCGCUAUUCAUCAACAACAUCUCCAUCAAGCCGCCCGCCGCGGCGAAGGGCGACGCGAAGGACGCCGAGGAGGGGAAGAUCGCGCCCGUCGAGGAGCCGAAGGAGAAGGCGGAGGAGGACGUCGCGAAGGGCGUCGCGGAAGGAGAGGUUGCGCGGUCGGAGGGCGUCUGA